AUGGUUGAUCAUGCACCUAGGGAAUUGCAAGGACAAGCUAAGGUUGUUUUAAGGAAGUUGAGGACUUUUGAUUUUGUGUUCUGUUUGCUUCUAAUGAACAAAGUUAUGAAAAUUACUGAUGUUCUUUGUCAGACAUUGCAACGAAAAUCUCUCGACUUUGUGCAUGCUAUGAACUUUGUUAGACAUACAAAGUACCUUCUUCAAGAAAUGAGAGAUGAAGGCUGGAAUGAUUUGUUAUGCAGUGUGGAAUCUUUUUGUGAAAAGCAUGAUCUUGAUAUGCCUAACAUGAAUGCUUCUUAUAAGGAUGGUACGGGUCGGGCUUGUCAGCAAAUGAAUUUCAUUACAUUUGAGCAUCAUUACCGUAUAGAGGUUUUCAAUGUUGUGAUUGAUUUUCAGUUGAGUGAGUUGAAUAGAAGGUUCUCAGAAGAAGCAUCAGAACUCCUUAUACUUAGUUCAACUCUGGAUCUUCAUGAUAACUUCAGGAAUUUUAAAUGUGAAGAUGUUUGCAAUCUUGCAAAGCAGUUUUAUCUUGAAGAUUUUGAUGGUGAAAUGUAUGCUCUAGAAUCAGAAUGUGCAUUUUAUGAGAUAGAUAUGCGUGGUGAUCCUAAAUUCAAAAAUAUGGAGUCCAUUUCUGACUUGUGCCGCACCUUGGUUCAAACAAGGAAGUCUGAAUUUUUCCAUAUGCUUUAUAGAUUGAUUUGUUUAGUUUUGACUAUUCUUGUCUCUACUGCUACCACUGAAAGAGCAUUUUCAGCUAUGAACAUCAUUAAGAAUAAACUUAGAAGCAAAAUGGGAGAUGAGUAUCUUGGUGAUUGUAUGGUCCUUCACAUUGAGAAAGAGUAUGCUGAAUCUGUUACCAAUGAGGAGGUGAUUAAAGAGUUUGAAGCUUCAACUCGUAGAGUUAAAUUUAGUUAG